AUGCCCCCGCCAGAUUUUGCGGGAGCACCUGGUGCUGCUCAAGGUGGGGAUGAAGAUCAAGGAGGUGACGGCUCGCGGGCACGUGCUGGUCAGGUGGGCACUCGAAUGGCCUACUCGUUCGAUUCGACGGCUCUCGAGAGGGCUGCGAAGGCAGCCAAGGAACUCGAAAAGUUUCCGAAUGCGAAAGAGGCUCUAGAACUGUCCAGAAUGCAGGAGGUGACCAGACAGAAGGAGGUGGAAGCGCAGACCAAGGCGAGUUCAGUAUUUGGUUUAUUAUUG